GGGAGACGAGCUCGUCGUCGAUGGAUCAAAGAAAUUUCUAAAGCGAUUCUCUUUGCCGCGGCAUCGAAUUGAGCCCUAGAAUGGUUUCGUGAUUUGUGGUCGUCUUCUCCGUUGGUAUUUGCUGAUUUGAUUCCGCGAAUUUCAGUCUCGUAUUAUCCCGUUUGAUUCGGGUCUAUUCAUGUCGAAAGUGAUGAAGUCAGGGAGUGCUGCGAAAUUGAUAGUUGAGGCGCUGCUUCAGCGGUUCCUCCCUCUCGCAAGGCAGCGAAUCAAUACUGCUCAGGCUCAGAAUGGAAAGUAUCUUCGUCCAUCAGAUCCUGCUUAUGAGCAGGUGCUUGAUUCAUUGGCUAUGAUUGCGCGUCACACACCUGUUCCUCUUAUAGAAGCUCUACUCAAGUGGAGGGAAAGUGAAUCGCCUAAAGGUGCAAAUGAUGCAUCGGCUUUCCAGAGAAAGCUGGCUGUUGAGUGCAUCUUCUGCUCAGCUUGUAUUCGCUUUGCGGAGUGCUGCCCGCAGGAAGGGCUCAACGAGGAGCUAUGGUCUGGACUUGAGAAUUUUGUUUUUGAUUGGCUAAUUAACGCCGACAGGAUUGUUAGCCAAGUAGAAUACCCGUCCCUGGUCGACUUGAGGGGUCUUCUUCUUGACUUGGUUGCUCAACUCUUGGGCGCCCUAUCCCGUAUUAGAUUCAGCUCUGUCACUGAGCGGUUUUUCAUGGAACUCAAUACCCGCCGGAUUGACACAAGUAUUGCAAGAAGUGAAACUCUCAGCAUCAUUAAUGGAAUGCGAUACUUAAAGCUUGGGGUUAAGAGUGAGGGUGGGCUAAAUGCGUCUGCCUCCUUUGUAGCUAAAGCAAACCCUCUUAACCGUGCUCCACACAAACUUAAAAGUGAGCUUCAUCAUGCGCUUUGUAAUAUGCUUUCUAACAUCCUGGCGCCACUUUCCGAUGGUGGCAAAAGCCAGUGGCCUCCUUCAGUUGCAGAGCCUGCGCUGACACUCUGGUAUGAGGCUGUUGGACGCAUUAGAGUGCAGCUAAUCCAUUGGAUGGAGAAACAGAGCAAACAUCUUGGUGUUGGCUUUCCGCUUGUGACUCUUCUUCUCUGUCUCGGAGACCCGCUUAUAUUUCAUCAUAAUUUAAGUUCUCACAUGGAGCAAUUGUACAAGCUUCUGAGAGAGAAGAACCAUCGUUACAUGGCACUUGAUUGUCUUCACCGGGUGUUGAGGUUUUAUUUGAGUGUCUAUGCUGCUACCCAGCCUCCAAAUCGUAUAUGGGAUUGCUUGGAUAGUGUGACAUCACAACUGCUAACAGUUCUUAGAAAAGGAAUGCUCACUCAGGAUAUCCAACAAGAUAAACUCGUUGAGUUCUGCGUUACCAUAGCUGAACAUAACCUUGACUUCGCGAUGAAUCACAUGUUACUAGAACUGUUAAAGCAAGAUAGUCCAAGUGAAGCAAAGAUUAUUGGUCUUCGUGCAUUGCUUGCCCUUGUUAUGUCACCUUCAAGCCAGUAUGUUGGUUUGGAAAUAUUCAAGGGCCACGGAAUUGACCAUUACACACCAAAAGUGAAAGCAGCAAUUGAGUCAAUUUUGAGAUCCUGCCACAGGACCUAUAGUCAAGCUGUUCUAACAUCAUCGAGGACGACAAUAGAUGCUGUGAAUAAAGAAAAGUCUCAAGGAUCUCUCUUCCGAUCAGUUCUGGAAUGCAUACCUUAUCUGAUAGAGGAAGUUGGACGGAGUGAUAAGAUCACGGAAAUAAUACCUCAGCAUGGUAUAAGUUUUGAUCCUGUAGUGCGAGAGGAAGCAGUGCAAGUCCUGAACCGGAUUGUUAGAUAUCUUCCUCAUCGCCGUUUUGCAGUUAUGAGAGGGAUGGCAAACUUCAUCUUAAAGCUUCCUGAUGAGUUCCCACUUCUCAUUCAAACGUCACUAGGACGCUUGUUGGAACUCAUGCGUUUCUGGAGGGCUUGUUUAGUAGAUGAAAAACAAGAUACUGAUGCUGAAGAGGAAAAUCAAACAGCAAAGGGAAAUGAUAGAUUCAAAAAAUCCUCUUUUCGUCAAGCAGCAGAUGCAAUUGAGUUUCGCGCAGCUGAUAUUGAUGCUGUUGGCCUACUUUUUCUUAGUUCGGUCGACAGCCAGAUUCGGCAUGCGGCGCUAGAAUUAUUGCGAUGUGUACGUGCAUUGAGUAAUGAUAUUCGAGAUCUCAUGAUUCUAGAGCACCCAGACCAUGUUAUGAAAUUUGAAGCUGAACCCAUAUACAUGAUUGAUGUCUUAGAAGAACAUGGGGAUGAUAUUGUUCAAAGUUGCUACUGGGAUUCUUCCCGUCCAUUUGAGUUGAGGCGAGAUUCCGAUGCUAUUCCUUCCGAUGUGACUCUUCAAUCCAUUAUCUUUGAGAGUCCUGAUAAAUACAGAUGGGGUCGGUGUCUCAGCGAGCUUGUUAAAUAUGCUGCUGAGCUCUGCCCACGCUCUGUUCAAGAAGCCAAGUCUGGAAUUAUGCACCGCCUUGCCUAUAUUACACCUGUUGAGUUGGGUGGAAAGGCUAGCCAGUCACAAGAUACAGAUACCAAACUGGAUCAGUGGCUUCUGUAUGCUAUGUUUGUGUGUUCAUGUCCACCUGAUGGUAAAGAUGCGGGUAGCAUUGCAUUAACCAGAGACAUGUACCGCCUUAUUUUCCCUUAUCUUAGAUUUGGGUCAGAGACCCACAACCAUGCUGCAACUAUGGCUCUCGGGCGCUCGCAUCUGGACGCAUGUGAAAUCAUGUUUAGCGAGCUAGCAUCUUUCGUGGACGAUUUUUCAUUAGAGACAGAGACGAAGCCAAAGUGGAAGAUCCAGAAAGGAGGUCGAAGAGAGGACCUCCGCGUUCAUGUUGCUAAUAUAUAUAGAACAGUGUCUGAGAACAUCUGGCCUGGAAUGCUCGCUCGUAAACCAGUUUUCCGCCUCCAUUAUAUGCGAUUCAUUGAUGAUUCAACUAGAAACAUAUCGUUGGUACCUCCUGAAAGCUUUCAUGAGUCGCAGCCUCUGCGAUAUGCACUUGCGUCUGUUUUAAGAUACCUUGCCCCUGAAUUUGUUGAUUCAAAAUCAGAGAAAUUUGAUGUUAAAACUAGGAAACGUCUUUUCGAUUUGAUCCUUUCUUGGUCUGAGGACACAGGAAGUACGUGGGGGCAGGAUCUUGUUAGUGAUUAUCGCCGUGAAGUUGAGCGCUAUAAGACCUCGCAGCAUAAUCGGACAAAAGAUUCGGCAGACAAGAUUUCUUUUGACAAGGAACUGAAUGAGCAAGUAGAAGCCAUCCAGUGGGCUUCGUUGAACGCGAUGGCUUCCCUUCUAUAUGGACCGUGUUUUGAUGACAAUGCAAGAAAAAUGAGUGGCCGUGUGAUAUCUUGGAUAAAUAGUUUGUUCAUCGAGCCUGCUCUCAAGGUCCCUUUUGGUUCCUCGCCUUCUGAUCCGAGAACUCCAUCUUACUCCAAAUACACAGGAGAAAGUGGGCAAAGUGGGCGAGGGACAACAGGCCGUGAUAGGCAUAGAGGUGGUCAUCAACGCGUUGCGUUGGCAAAAUUGGCUUUGAAGAAUCUUCUACUAACAAACUUGGAUCUCUUUCCUUCCUGCAUUGAUCAGUGUUACUACUCUGAUGCGGCUAUAGCUGAUGGGUACUUCAGUGUGUUGGCUGAGGUCUACAUGCGACUAGAAAUUCCAAAAUGCGAAAUCCAGAGGCUCGUGAGUCUAAUUCUGUACAAGGUAGUCGACCCAUCUAGACAAAUUCGUGAUGAUGCUCUUCAGAUGCUGGAGACACUUUCUAUGCGUGAGUGGGCUGAGGCUGGUAUAGAAGGUUCAGGAGGCUAUAGAGCAGCGGUUGUAGGUAAUCUUCCGGAUUCUUAUCAACAGUUUCAGUACCAGCUAUCCUGCAAACUCGCGAAGGAUCAUCCUGAGUUAAGCCAGCUCCUGUGUGAAGAAAUUAUGCAGCGUCAGCUUGAUGCUGUUGAUAUAAUUGCUCAACAUCAGGUCUUGACCUGUAUGGCUCCGUGGAUUGAGAACCUUAAUUUCUGGAAACUCAAGGACACGGGUUGGAGUGAAAGAUCACUAAAAAGUCUUUACUAUGUCACAAUGCGACAUGGGGAUCAGUUCCCUGAUGAAAUUGAAAAACUUUGGAGCACUAUUGCUAGUAAGCCCAGAAAUAUUAGCCCUGUACUGGAUUUCUUGAUCACAAAGGGCAUUGAGGACAGUGAUUCAAAUGCAUCUGGAGAAGUAACUGGUGCAUUUGCGACAUAUUUUUCAGUUGCUAAACGUGUAAGUUUGUACCUCGCACGGACAUGUCCUCAGCGUACUAUUGAUCACCUAGUUUACCAACUAUCACAGCGGAUGCUCGAAGACAGUAUUGAACCUAUUGUUAAUCGGGGUGAUUCCAAUGGAAAUUUUGUGCUGGAGUUCUCUCAGGGGCCUGUUACAGCACCUCAAGUGGUUUCAGUUGCAGACACCCAGCCACACAUGUCACGAAUUCUUGUCCGAGGCUCGCUUGAUAGUCCCCUUAAAAAUACAAGUGGAAACCUAAGCUGGAGAACAGCAGGCGCGACUGGCCGAAGUGCUUCCGGACCCUUAAGUCUAAUCCCUCCUGAGUUAAACAUUGCUCCUGUAGCUACUGGUCGUUCUGGUCAGCUCCUACCAUCAUUGGUGAAUGCAUCAGGACCAUUAAUGGGAGUUAGGAGUUCUACAGGAGCCUUGAGCAGCCGCCAUGUCUCACGUGAUAGUGGAGAUUAUCUCAUUGAUACACCAAAUUCUGGGGAAGAUGUGUCGCAAUUCAGACAUCAACAGCACUCACUCAUUCCUGCGGAUAUAGCUCUGAUUCUACUUGCAGAAAUCGCAUAUGAGAAUGAUGAAGAUUUUAGGGGACAUCUGCCUUUGCUUUUCCAUGUCACUUUCGUUUCGAUGGAUAGCUCUGAAGACAUAGUGCUAGAGCAUUGUCAACAUUUGCUUGUGAAUCUGUUGUACUCGCUUGCGGGUCGCCAUUUGGAGCUAUAUGAGGUGGAAACCAGCGAAGGAGAAAACAAACAACAGGUCGUGAGUUUAAUAAAGUACGUGCAGUCAAAACGUGGGAGCAUGAUGUGGGAGAAUGAAGAUCCAACGGUUGUGAGAACAGAUCUUCCUAGUGCUGCUCUUUUGUCUGCACUUGUUCAGAGUAUGGUCGAUGCUAUAUUCUUUCAAGGAGAUCUUCGAGAAACUUGGGGAACUGAAGCUCUGAAAUGGGCUAUGGAAUGCACUUCAAGACAUCUAGCAUGUCGGUCACACCAAGUAUACCGUGCGCUACGGCCAACUGUGACAAGCGAUGCCUGCGUCUCGCUUCUACGCUGUCUUCAUCGAUGUCUUAGCAAUCCCAUUCCUCCAGUUUUGGGUUUUAUCAUGGAAAUUCUUCUGACGCUACAGGUCAUGGUAGAGAACAUGGAGCCAGAGAAAGUCAUACUCUACCCACAACUCUUCUGGGGCUGUGUCGCCAUGAUGCACACAGACUUUGUCCAUGUCUACUGCCAGGUUCUUGAGCUCUUCUCCCGUAUUAUCGACCGUCUAUCGUUCCGUGACAAGACAACUGAAAACGUUCUCUUGUCGAGCAUGCCCCGGGACGAAUCCAACACUAAUGAUUUGGGGGAGUUCCAAAGGACAGAAUCUAGAGUGUACGAGAUGCCGCCGUCAAGUGGAACUCUACCAAAGUUCGAAGGCGUUCAACCUCUUGUCCUUAAAGGACUGAUGUCUAAUGUUAGCCACGACUUCUCCAUUGAGGUCCUAUCAAGGAUUACAGUGCCUUCAUGUGACUCUAUAUUUGGCGACGCCGAGACAAGACUCCUUAUGCAAAUCACAGGUCUACUUCCUUGGCUUUGCUUGCAGCUGAGCCAAGACCAAGUCCUGGUUUCGGAGCAGCAGUACCAAAAGGCAUGUUCUGUAGCAUCUAAUUUUGCUAUCUGGUGCCGGGCGAAAUCACUCGAUGAACUGGCUACGGUUUUUGUUGCUUAUGCUCGAGGCGAGAUUAAACGAGUUGAUAACCUCCUCGCAUGCGUCUCUCCUCUGCUAUGCAACAAAUGGUUCCCAAAACACUCAGCUUUAGCUUUCGGUCACUUGUUACGAAUGCUGAAGAAAGGACCAGUGGACUACCAACGAGUCAUUCUUCUUAUGCUCAAGGCACUGCUCCAACACACUCCCAUGGAUGCUUCGCAGAGUCCCCACAUGUACAGUAUCGUCUCACAGCUAGUCGAAAGCACUCUGUGUUGGGAAGCACUGAGUGUUCUCGAAGCCCUUCUUCAGAGCUGUAGCCCAGUACAAGGCGGUAGCGGUGGGUCCUAUGAGGACGGGACUGAUGAGAGAACGCUUGUACCUCAAACUUCAUUUAAAGCCCGAAGCGGACCUCUCCAGUACACAGUGAUGGCGGCAACAACAACGUCGCAAGCUUUUCCUCUCAGUGCAGCUGCAGCAGAAUUAGAGAUGCCUUCGAGAGAUGUGGCUUUGCAGAACACAAGGCUGGUAUUGGGUCGAGUUCUUGAUAACUGCGCUCUAGGAAAAAGAGAUUACAGAAGAUUGGUGCCUUUUGUCACAACGCUCGCAAACAUUUAACUUUUUUUCUUUUUUUUUUGCAGUGAUAUACUAAUGGGAAACAUGUAAGUUUUUAGAGAAGGGGUGAUUAUUGAAACAAAUACUAAUGGGAAAGUCUUUUUAUUAAUGAAACAAAAGGGAUCCACCACUGAUGUGGACACCGAGAAAGUAAUGGUGACAAGUACUCAAAA